GAGUUUGACGCUCAGGAAGUGCUCUCAACCACCAAAGAUUCCCGCAGAUUCGCUGCCCCGAUGUUAUAAACGUGCUCACCCCCGAAGCCGAAGCUUGUUUUGGACGUUUUUUUGAGGGAUUAUCGAGAGGAUAAUGCUGGAUGGUUGCGCUCAUGAAAUUCACCAGAGAUAUAUGCAGGCUGCUGGGACUCGGGAGUGGUAAGUCAUGUCCUAGUUUUCAAAAAGUUUCUAAACUCUGCCACAAGUUCAGCCGAAGUGAUAACCACACGAUUAGGACAAUAAAACCACCCUAAAUGCGACCAAAAGUGACUUUGACACUGUAUUUUAACACAGCGGAUGUUAAAAUUCGUGUUUUUGUACAUGAAUUCAGUCUUAGUCCUGGGUCAGACAAUGCGAGCUCCCCUCCAGUCUGUUACACCCUUUACUUCCAAGUUCGCUAAGUCGGUGCCAAGUUUUUUUUUCUGUCUCAUAAUUACGAAUCUGAAAACACACUUUCCCAGACUACUAAAGCCGUGCUGCCAAAAAUAACACAACUUACAAGUCCAGGUCCAGGAAAUGUGCGUGAAAAUCCCCAAACUUAUCGAGAUAAGAAGAACAUUCCCCGCUACAUGUUGGUAUGGUAACAAUGCCUCAAAUAGGUGGUAAGAGCUGCAGCCCUCAACAUGCAGAGGGCCAUAUCUAAAGACAGACAGACAGACAGAGGAGUAUGAAGCCUCAUGUCUUUAAAACAUGUCAUGUGCCCACACUUUGUUCCUCUUCUUUGUUCCCUGUGUCUGUUUGGUUUCUCAACACUAAUAUCAACUGUAGAGCAGGUUGGUUUACUGGGUGACUGACUAUUAAAACCUCAACAUAUACAGAUUAACAUUUUAGCAGAGCUCUUCCAACUGGGGAUGCAGGAGUAAAUCCUCUGAGCCUUUCUGUCAGCCGAUAUCAGCCCUGUUGACAGAUACCAGCUAAACAAUGUGGUACCGGAUAUAUGUCUGUUGGCAGCCAUAGAUCCAGUGAUUAAUUGCUGGUAGUCUCUUGUUUAAGGCUAGCUUCCUUUAAUAAACAAAGUAAAUAGAAACAGAAGAUAAAUCAUUCCUUCAAAAACACCCAACAAAAUAAUACAUAUGUACACCAAACAACUGUACAUGUCAAAGAUACAUUUAAACAACAUAUGUCAAAAUAAACAGUUUGAGAAGCAACAGAAUGAAGCAAAGAUCUGUACAAAUACCUACAAAUUAUACACAAGAUAUCUGGGGCCUGUUCUACGAAGCAGGAUUACUGCUUAGCGAGGUAACUUCGAGGGUAAAUUCGGGGUUUCCUGUUCUACGACGCGGGUUCACUUCUUAGUGAGGUGAGUCUCCAUGGCAACGUAAGCUGAACGGCUAACCUGCUCCGGGGCAGGUCAGGUUCCAGAUUUAACUCAUCGAGUAUAAAAACCCCGCCCACUGACCAAUGAGCUCUCUCGAAAAAUGGCCUGUCCGUUCUUGGAGGAUCCUAUAGACCUCGGUGUUCGCAUUGUCCGAGGAGCACUCCAGCGCGCAAGAGUUUUCAGGGAUCGCACGCACCCACUUACUUUUCUAGAUGACCACUUUUAUGAAAGGCUCAUAUGCCCGACAUAUCACACAAACAAUGUAAACACGAUAGGAAUGAACAAAUAAAUGAAUUCAUCUUGGAAAUGAAUUAGACAUGUCUGGUAACAAAGCUGGAUCCACUUACAAGGUUGAUAACCAGCAUCGUAAGACCGUUUAGCGAGACCGCUGGCUACCGCGCUAAGUUGAGCGUGGUCGCUUCAAGGCCACCUCGCUAGGUUGAACUUGCUUCGUAGAAUAGGCCCCUGCUCAACACUACAUAGGUUACUUAGAAUUAUUUGCAUAUUAUAAUAAUAAUCAGUGUUGUAAUAUUCAAAAUUAAUAUUACUUCUAUGCAAUCAAUGAUUAAUCGCUGGUAAUCUCAUGUUUUAGGCUGGUUGCCUUAGUAAACAAAGUCAAUAGAAACAGAAGCUAAAUACUUUCUUUAUCUCUAACUUAAGGAACAACAACAACAACAACAAAAAUCCAACUAGAAACCAAAACACCAAACAAAAUAAUACAUAUGUACACCAAAAAAACAGUGCAUGUCAAAGAUACAUUUACACAACAUAUGUAUGUCAAAAUAAACAGUUUGAGAAGCAACAGAAUGAAGCAAAGAAUGAAACAAAUAUCUGUAUAAAUACCUAAAUAUUAUACACAAGAUAUCUGCUCAAUACUACAUAGGUUACUUAAAAUUGUUUGCAUAUUAUAAUAAUAAUAAUCAGUGUUUUAAUAUUCAGAAUUAAUAUUACUUCUAUGCAAUCAAGUAUAUCUAGUAUAAAACCAUAUUUUUUUGUUAGUUUACUCAUAUUAAUAUUCUAAUACUUCUCUAUCGUUUGAUUUAAAUCUUUUUAUGUUAUUGGACAUUUUUAAAGUGACAUCCCUAGCACUAACAUUUUCUGUUUGCAUUAACCCUUUAUUUUUACCGUAUUUUUCGCACUAUAAGGCGUACCUGAUUGUAAGGCGCACCAUCAAUGAACGCGUCUAUUCGCGUCUACAGUCAGAUAAGUCAAACUUUAUUUAACUCAUUCAAUGACUCUGUGAGGCUACGGUAGCUGCAGUGCUCCGACAAGCCAAAAGGAUUUUAAGUGCGCCUCACAGUGUGAAAAAUACGGUACUUUAAGUUAUUUUUCUAUUUAACUAAUAUCUUAAUAAUUUGUUUGACAAUUUUUAAAAGUAAAAAAAAAAAUACUUAAGGCCGUGUUCAGACUGGGUAAGUGCCUAAGAUGUCCUUAAGGAAGUUAAAAAGGCGUAUUGUAGAAGCUCUUUUUCAUAAAAUAAAGAAAAAAAUGUGACAGGGAAAAAGAAGGAUCUGUUUAGUGUGAAAAAAGUGAUUAAUCAAAAGAUGUUUUGAUAACGCUUUGAUAACCGUAAAAAUGUAUAAUCAGUCAUUAAAAUGAAACACUGGGAUCAGAAUUGGCCUCGAUUCUCUCAAAUGGUGCAUCCUUAUUUUCUUCCCUGUGUCACCGUGACAUGCACUGAGCCGUGGAGAAUCGGACUCAAAGUUUUUCUUUCCUUUUGAGGUGUCAUAACACUCCACAUGUUUGAAGCCAUGCAUUUCAAAAUACAGAUGAUUCAUUUAACAUAUUAUUAUUUUAGUCAUUCAAAAACACCUGUCACCUGAAACUACAUACACCCGAUCCAGCAGUGACUGUCUAAACAAAAGGCGUGUUAAUGUAUCUGAUAGUUUUUUUUUGUUAUAUAUAUAUAAAUAAGGUCAAGUAUCAAGGAUGGAAACUGUUGACACAUUGCUUUAUCCUCACACAGGGCUACAAAUGCACAAAGUAUAACACAACACGUAUACACAUGAGACAGUAAAAACACAAGACCGAAACUAUCAUACAAUAAAACAACUGAAAAUACAGUUUGAGUUUGAGUUCGAUGAAAUUUUAGUCCUGCUGCUGAGAAAUUACAGUUUGUCCCCUGAAUAAGAAACAAAUAAUCCGCGAUGAGCACCUUACAAGCCCAGUCAGAUGUUCUUGUUCGGUAAAGGGCCACAUUGACACAUGGUUCUGUAAAAAAAAAGCUGUGAAGUUGAUUUCCUGGUUAAACCUCCUAUCUGACACUGUUAUUUAGCAUUCCUGUGGAGAGAGCUCACCUUUUUAACUCCACAUCAGCUCAGGCUGUGUCCUUGAAGAGGGGAAACAGAGAGUCUUUUGUUAGGUUUUCUUGGAUCAUUUAUCUGUUAGGUGGACAUUCCUUUAUGGUUUAGAUUGAAUACAAAGCGUUGACUCAGCUAAUGAGAUGGAGCUGUGCUUGUUUAAGAAGUGAGUUGGACACAGAUGGCUGACGUUGCUUUCACUUUCUAGAGAUCCUGACUCCUGAGCAGUAGACUGAACCAAAGUAAAAGUGCAACCAUGAGCUGUUUUAAGUCGCUGUAUCUUCCAUCAGUUACCGAAGAGAUGUUUUGAAGUCAAACAAUAGUGGGCGCCGUGUUGGAAAUGUUGACUCUGUUUGACUUUCUGUCAGUGUACAAACAGGCAAAGAGGUGGAGCUGAGGCUGGCUUGUUUAAAAAAAGGUAUAAAGCACCAACUGGACUGCAACUUUCUGUAUGUACUGUAUUUGUUCAACUCGUAGCUUUGUAAACAUCAACAGAUAAGCAACAUACUCAAAGCUGUGGGGUCAACAUUAUCUACAUCUAUACAUCCAAGUCAUUUUAUAAACACCUCUGAUAAUACUGUGGGCUGCCUUAACAACACUGGUGAUGAAUUCAACAAGUGCUUAGCGAGUGUUGGCUUUACUUGGCAAGAAAAAUUACAGUUCCUGAUGACAAAAAAGACAUAAUAAUAUUAGUUUAAUGAGUCUUAUGGGGAAAGAUAAACAGAUUUGAUUGAAAUUAUAAGAAAAUUGGAAAACAAAACAUCAACCGGCAAACAUUUCAUUGAAAUACUUAUUAGAGAAGUUGUUAAUCCUUUUGUCUGAUCUAUAUAAAAUAAAUUUUCCUUUAAAAAAGAACAUAGCAAAGAUAAUUCCAAUAAAAAAAGAGAUAACUAUCACAGGUAAUAUUAUAGAUCAGUAUCCUGUGUUAAAAUAUUUUAGAUUUUUUUUUUUUUUAAUGAUUGAAUCUGUUCAUCUGUAGAAAUAAAUAACAGAGUAAAAACCAGCAUGGAUUUGAGGAAAACAGAACCACUUCUACUCAGUAAUGCAAACAGCUUUUGAUAUGAUAGAUCACAGACAUUUGUUGAGAAAAACAGAGUCGUAUGGGGUACGAGGCAGGGCUCGACAGUGCAACCUUUUCACACGCAUUUGCGACUAGAAAUAGAUGUGUGUGAAUCGUAAAAUAUAUUUAGGGGUGUGUGUGCAUAAAAAAAUUAGCCAAGGCAACAAAGUUUUAGGUUGGAUAUCCGACGAACAUCUACUGCGGAUCUACCAGUGUCCUCUCACUCUCCAUAACCGGGAAUAACAACAGCAGCACGGUUAAAUCUACUCGGCACCCUCGCUGUCAACUUCAAGUGUUGAAUAAGGGACCAUCAAUAAAUUACUGGUUGAUGUUCUCAGAUAAGGCUGUCUUCCUUCAGUAGCUUCCAUGUCAUGUGACCGAUUGACCUAAAAUUGAUUUCGAAUAAUAGUACUUUGUCAACCAAUAAGACACACAAUAUUUGAUCAAUUUUCAUUGUGCCCCUAAAGUUGCACAUGUGCUCCUUUUGAAAAAAAGUGAGUGUCAAGCCUUGGGUACGAGGUAUCACUUAUUCUUGGACGGAAAGCUCCAAUCGACAACAGUGUUUACAUAUUACCUGUGGAGUACCACAAGGAUCUGUGUUUGGCCCAAAAUAGUUUACUCUUUCUAUCAGUGAUAUUUGCAGUGUUGCUAAUUAUUAAAGUAUAUUUUUUCUUUAAGGUGAUUUACAUUUAUUUAGAUGUGGUAAACAUUUCAAAGAACUUUUGUGUGGUGUUGAGAACAAGCUGAAUAUUCUUAAAUCUUGGUUUAUAUAAUCAAUGACAGAAAAAGGGAGGGCGGUGAACUCGUUCUUGUGUCCUGUCUUUAAUAAGAAGUGUUGUAACUAAAACAAAAGAACUCAUUCUCGCAGAUAAACGUUACUGAGCUGAGGAAGGAUUGAAUUCACUCGCAUCAAUUAGUUGCCAGUCACAACAUGAGUCAGAGACAAAGAAUGAAUCUGUCACUCCACUUCCUGAACACUACAGAAAUCUGACACUGCACAGAUUCCUGCGUUAUGCUGUUUGUCUUUGUCUCAAAACAAGCCACAGCUCUCUGAUUGGAUCUGUUCUAGCACCCCAAACUCUCCAACAUCUCUUCAGGGGAGUGGUUGUUUUCUACUGAGUUCCUGAGCACAGAUAUCAUGUUCUCCAACAGCUGUUUUACAGACCGCUGUGCCUCAUGUUGGGUCUGUGCAAAUGUUGAAAUGAGAGCACACUCUGGAGCUACCUGGGUCAAAUCUCUCUGAGCCGUUUCUGUUCAGUUUCUGUUUCAUGUUCCCGUCUCUUCUUUUUUUUUUUUUAUAACAAAGCAUUAUGUCAACGUUUCCUGUCUCCACCCAGAGUCAUUUAGAUUACAGCUCUGUGUUAUCAAAGGUCGAAGUGGUUAGACCUGAAGGAGAUCUACAUGUAUUUGCCGCCCAGAUGAUCCAUGUUUCCUUUUGUUCGGCUGUAACAUUUAAAAGGUCAUAUAUGUUUAUUUAAGAGCCUUGUCAGUUACAACAUGCUGCACCGAGUCAUUUUUAUGUGGAGGGUGUUUGCAGCUAAACGCUCUCACUUUGCAACCCAUUAGCACCUUAUAAAGCAGUGAAGAUUGCUUUCUGUUCAGACUAUUCUUGUGCGCUGUAACAUUUAAAGACAUUUCUCUAAAUCAGAGACAAAAACUAGGCCCUAAAGAGCUCAUGUGCUGACUGUGUUUGUCCCAUCAGGCCCCCCUGUCCAGCAGCAGGAGGAGCAGAUGGACUGCGGUGCCGCAAACCCUGACCCAAGCAACGAUGCCACUUUGUCCCAGGUAAACAAGACGUGUGUGUCAGAUUGACAGGGCAUUGUCAGGACUGUGAUGGUGGAAGAUCAAUGUGCAAUGUUCAACUCUGUGAGUUUGUGUGUGUUUAGGAUGUGUUAAACGGAGAAGAAGAUCUGAGCGAGGAGGAGAAGGCCAGACGGAGGGCGGAGCGUCGUAAAGCCAAGAGGAAGGUCGGCAUGUUAUUGUGACAUUCUGCUCUGCAGUGUUUAUCAAUGAAUGCAUGGAGAGGAUCAGAGGGUGUUGCUCUGGAUCAAGGUUCAGUUUUACAUCAAGAUCCAAACAGGGUCGGCGAUGUUGAUUAUUUUAUUCUGAGUGGAAAAUUAUCGUCCAGAAAGUCCUAAAAAUCUCUAAAUAUUUCAUCACAAUUCAGAGUUUAUCAAACAUUUUUAAAGGCUGCAGUAACAUUGUCUUCAAAAUGACUUUUUAUGUCUUGUAUUGCCGGUGAUUCCCAUCCCAAAUGAACACUUUGUUUUCUUAUUUUACAAAGCUUUAAAGAACAAUGUCUUAUCUUAUGAUUUUUAAUUCACGUAGGUACGUCCCGUCCUGGGAUUGUCACUGAGGGGUGUGGUUUCGGGAUGCUUGGCGGGUUAUUUAAAUCUCACCGUUUUCGUCGGACAAUAGGUUUUUCCAUAAGCUCUGAUAAUUUUCUGUUGACUGUUUUUCACCGUUUCACUCUUCCUGUUUUAACCUCAUUUUUUUCAUCCCUCUUUUCAUUUGAAGGUAAAAGUUCUGGACCUGGAUCAACGUGUUUUCUUUUCUUUAAAUCACUUUUUUAACACUCAAACUGGACUGAUAAUUGAACGAGUCACAGAUGCAAGCGAACCUAAACCCCAGCAGCCUUUUUUGUUGAAGGAAAGCAGUCGCUACAAGUUUGAAGGUGCAAAAGCAACGGCUCCUUUCAGGAUCUAUAAAGUUGUUACUGACUGAUGUUCUUCAUUUCUUUUAGCGCCGCCGAAAACGCAAGAAGCAAGAGCAGGUCAAGCAAAAUGAGAACGCAGAUCAGGUAACUGUCGCGUUUUUAUUUAAAGCGUUUCAAUCUAACUUUUCUUCUUACUGUGAGUAAAAAAAAUACAUUCAUACAUUUUGUUUAUAAGGAUGAUGAAGACGAGAACGGAGGUGCAGAGUCUGAACUGGAUGAGAGUGAGUCGGAAGCAGAAGCUGGCGCCGAAGAUGAGAAAGUACGAAUGCAAAAAGUGGUUGAAGAAGAGGCCAAGUUAGCUGCCUCAUCCAAGGACAUCGCCGCACCAGUCAUGACCUCGACAGGAAUCAAAGGACAUCAGAAGACCCAAGCCAGAUCUACUGAGGAGGUAUCAACACUAUUAAGUAUGCUUAAAAUCCUCGCUGUUGGUGUACUUGGUGACAUGCUGUUGAAUACUAACCAAUGUCUGACUCUGUCCCUCAGGAGCCAGAGUGGGAUGUGAGUAGUGCCUUCUUUGCCAAUGCUGCUAGCCAUAUCAAACCCAAAGGAUCGAGUCGCAAGUCCAAAGAAAACAAGGAGAACGAGGCCAGGAGAGAGGUGAAUGAAAGCGAAUGGAUCGUUUAUAAAGACGACUGUGUGAAUAACUGUCCGUAAAUUUCUCUGUGACACUUCCAAAGUGUGACACAUGGAAACGUGGACUCUGGACCUUGUCAGCCUUUACUACAGUUGUUGGAAUGUAUGUAUGUGUCCGCGUGUGUGCGUGUGUUGACCUACUUUAUGCCAGCAGACGUAUGUUUCUUGCACCUUAAUCAUUUGUGCUGUGAAUCAGUUGACUGCGUUGAUUAAAAGUCCCAAAUUAGAGUCUUACUGAUAUAUUAACAAACCGGUGAGGCGAUCAAUUUAUCAAAAUGGUUCAGUCACAAAUAAACCCGUACCAGUUCGACCUGUUGGAGAUACUGGAUAUAUUAACUUAAGAACUGAGUGACUGUUUCAGAUUUAAAUGAAAUCGAGGUGCACAUUUGAAUAAGCUCCUUCUAAAAACAAAAGACAUUAAAAGGGUCAGAACAGUAAUUACGAAGCAUAAUUUAAAGGAUUUCAAGUGUUUCCCUCAUUUCUUAAAGCUUUAAAGCGUCAGAUUCUCUUUACUGAACCUGUAGUUUAUACAGUUUGCAUGAAUUAAAGGUGGGGUAGUCAGGAUCUGAAGAAGUGCCAGUUUUUAGGAGAAAUCUUGAAUGUAAACUCUACCCCUCCCAACCAGUUUUCCCCUCAGCUCCUCCUCUCCCCUCCCUCUCUGCUCCAGCAAGCCCCGCCCACAAACAGACGCUCCUGCUCGCUCGUAUCGUUCCAAUUAAAUUCAGAUAUAAUGCAGAUAAAUACUUCAGAUCAUUACAAAUGGGGCCCAGUCAAGGUGAAAGUAAACAGCAUUGGUGCUCCUGUAGAUGCCAACAGACUACCAGCAAACACAAUGUUUGCAGGACUUCUACAACUAGGAUAAAGUGACAUAGUCCAGGACCCGAGGUCAACAGUUUAGCGGCGCUACAACACGCUACAGCAGGUCCGUUUGACAAGAAACACUUCUGUUACAGACACUUGUCUUACUUUGUUAAAGCGGUUUACCUGUCCAGCAGAAAGGUUACAGGGUCACCAAGAUCCCAAAGUUGACCCGGCUUCUUAGCUCUUGUCCGGUCUACCUCCUUUUUAAGCGCCCGUUAUUCCGCCUCGAGUCUCCGUUUUUUACUUAGUUUUCUUGCUUGUGUCGGCAGUCGUGGCCAAAGGAGGAUUCAGAAAAUUUUCCGAACUUUCUGGUUGGUUUCUACUGUCCGAUAUUGUAGCACGCUAACUUUGUUUGGGCUUGUGAACGUUAUUCAAGGAUGUGCAGCGCGCCUCACAACACGAGGGAGCAGCGUCCGCCUCACAACCAAUCAGGUCGGGGAGGCGGAGAAUAGCUUUGUUUACAGUCAGAAAGAGCGGGCCGCUCAAAAAUGUUAAAGUGCUGACUACACUGACAUAACACAACACAAUGAUAUCGUUAUAUUCCUGAAUGUCAUCAAUAACUAUUAACUAUUGACUGAUAUUAAAAGCUUUUUUAUUUAUACACCACAAAAAAAGAUGCGUCUUUAACAGAAUCCUGCUGACCCUACCUUUAAGUUCGCUCUACAUUUUCUCUCUUUUGUGUCUCUAACCAGUUACUUAAAGCAGGACACAAAUGCACAAGUCACUCAGCAAUUGAAACCUUGUGGUUUAAACAUCAGAAGCGUGGAAACAUUGAAACUAGAGAGCAAAAACAGACCCAACAGCUACUUGUGUAAAAAGCAGUCAGGUGUUUUCGCAAUACUAACAACUUGAUACAACAGAUGCGACGUGAUUUGACUCUUGAUGAGACCACUGUUGGUUUCUGUAGUUCUCCAAAUGAGGAUGUAAAACAGACAGCAAAGUUUAUCCGCUAUUUAUAGUGAAUUUUAGGUUUUAUAUGAGUUCACAGAGAAUAACAGAAUAAACCAAAGACAUCUUAAAGUUAAUGUAAGUAUAAUGAAAAUGAUGUUUUCUCUUACAGACGAAUGGAACUGACACCACGACCAAGAAGAGCGCCUCACUCACAGGUAUGAAAACAGUCCUGCACAGACAUUUAUGUAAACAGUUUUUCUAUCAGUUUACCGCUUUAAAUGAAUGAAAGCAUUAGGGUAAAUUAUUGAUUACACACACAGAGAACUUUGUGAGAGCAUGUCAACUCAGUGACUCAGCAGAGAGUUAUUUACAAGCAUUUUUUCUUCCUAGCAGAAAAAGGGAUCAAGCUGGUGCAGGAGGGGGAGUACGCACAAGCAGCCAGUAUGUUUACAGAAGCCAUCAAAUGUGACCCAAAGGACAACAGGUACGCCAUCUGUGGACAUGCGGUCGUAAAUACUGCUUUAAAACAAGAAAGUAUUCAUUUUGCGUUUGUUGAAUCACAUAUAGGUUCUUUGGGAAUCGUUCCUAUUGCUAUUUCUGCCUGGAGCAGUUCCCUCAGGCCCUCGCAGAUGCUGAGCGCUCCAUCCAGCUGGCCCCAGACUGGCCUAAAGGACACUUUAGGAAGGGCAGUGCUCUCAUGGGCAUGAAGGUAGAUGCAGGCUGCUCUGGCCUUUUGGAUUCACAGUGUUUUCAUGUAAUCAAAGACAUUUCUCACUUUAAAGCCGAAGCGCUCAGAUCUCCUUUUUCUGACUCAGCGUUGUGGAUCUUAUAUUGUGUUGCAGCGGUACAGCGAGGCAGAGAAAGCCAUGGAGCAGGUGCUGAAACUGGAUAAAGACUGUGAGGAGGCUGCUAUUGACCUGUUUGACUGCAAAGUACUACAGUUAAUGGUACAUACAGCCUUUAAGCCAAGGUGUUUCCUGUAGGCGUGGCUGUGAAUGAAAACCAGAACUUCCUCUGAGCUUUCCAUAUGAUGAUGCAACGUUAAAGUUCUCAUCUCGCCACAAAACAUGUGCCGGUUAUUCAUUCAUGUCUGUUUUUCCCCCCAGGAGCAUGGUUUUGAAGAACAACAAAGCGUACUUCUUCUGGAGAAGUUUGGAAACGUACAAAUUGUUCUAGGAUCUUGUUCUGAUGUUUCCAGAGGUAUGUAAGCGUGUACGUAUUUUAUAAGGAGGGCCGCAUUGUUGUCUUUGUGACUCACAUCUUUUGACUUUUGUUGUUUUGGUUUUUGUCUUGCAGCUGGCAGCCAAGAUCCAGCUGCUGUGCAACCAGGGUAGGUGAUCAUUUGCUUAUUUUGUUCACUCUUUGAAGGUUGUCACACCUUUGGAGCUGUUUUUAUAUCUGAGCUGUCUAUUUACUGCUUCCUGUCACGUUCUCUCUCUCUUUCUCCUCUCUGCAGAAGCCCUUGCCCAUCUCUGUGGGUUGGAAAUGUGACAACAGAGCUCUCUGAGAAACAUCUAUGGGACCUUUUUAAGAUGUACGAGUCGAUGCUAUUGCCUGGCUCCUAAUCCUGAUUCAUUAACUCGACAAAACAUUCGAGUCGACUCUUUGUUUUUGCAGCUAUGCGAACAGGGGUGUAAUAUUUAACCUAGAGCAGUAUUGACUUCUCUGUUAAGUUGUUUGCUUUGCAUUGUAGGUACGGUGACAUCGAGAGUAUUCGGGUGCUGCAUGAGAGAUUCUGUGCCUUUGUGAACUUCAAGAAUGCAACCAUGGCUGCUCGUGCCAUGGAGAAACUAAAUGUGAGUAGUCACUUGAUGAGCUGAGACAAAUAUUCUCACAGUCCAUCAAAGCUGUGAAACUGAAUUACCAGCAUUUAAAUACAUAGUAAAGAAUCAAGAACUUCUUAAAUGACCAUGCUGUUGAAUAUGAACUACCUACCCUUUAUUUUACGUUACAAAGAUGUCAUCAAUGUUCCUGUAACGGCUUCAUAAAUGUGAGAAUUUGCUGCAGUUCUUUGUGGUUUCCUUUGCCAUGAUCAGGGCUUGGCACUAACUUUUUUUAACUUAGUUAAGUUAAAAAAGUAAUAAUGUGUGUCUUGUUGGUCGACAUAAGUGCUAUUAUUUGAAAUCAAUUUUAGGUCUUUUGGCCACAUGACAUGGAAGCUACUGAAGAAAAUGUUCAAAAUUUGCCUUUGAAUUUAACACAAAAGUUUUAUGAGGACAAAUUAGGGAAAUCCAAUCCAGGUUUAUUUAUAAAGCACAUUUAAAAACAACAAAACGCUAAUGAAAGUGCUGUACAGUAAAAAUUUUAAAAACAAUAAAAAACUGACAAUUAACACAAACAAUAAAACACAGGAACACAUUAAAAACAGGAGGACAUAGCUGGUUCAGUUCUCAGGAGUAAAAAGCCAAGGAGUAAUAGUGCGUUGUCAAAUAAAAAGGCGUGUCUUAUUGUCCGACCUCAGUCCUAUUAUUUGAAAUUAAUUUUAGGUCAAUUGGUCACAUGACUUGGAAGCUGUUGAAGGAAAACAGCAUUUUUUGAGAAGAUCAACCAGUAAUUUAUUGAUGGUCCCUUAUUGAACUCCCGACGUUGACAGUGAGGACGCCAAGUAUAUUUAACCACGCUGCUGUUGCUAUUCCCAGUUAUGGAGAGUGAAAAGAUACCAGUAGAUCCACAGUGAAUGUUUGUCGAAUAUCCAACGUAAAACUAACUUCACUGUGAAAAAACAUUUGUUGCUUCGGCAGAUUUUUUUUAUGCGCACAUGUGCCCCUAAAUACAUUUUACGACUCGCACAUAUCUAUUUUUUGUUGCAAAUGCGAGUGAAACGGUCGCACUGUCGAGUCCUGUCUUAAAUGACCAUGCUGUUAAAUGUGAACUACCUAUUCUUAACCUUACAUUACAAAAAUGUCACCUAUGUUCCUGUAACGGCUUCAUAAAUGUGAGAAUUGCUGCGGUUCUUUGUGGUUUCCUUUGUCAUGAUUAUGUGUUCUGGUUUUUGUUUGUAGGUUGAACAUAAAAAACAAGUUUGAGGUUUUUUGUUAAGUUUAAUUACCAGAAAUUUUUUAAGAGGUUUUCCCUUGUUUUUUACAUUUUUCGGACUAAACAUCAAUCAAUCAGAUCCUGAUUUAUUCUGAAAAGGAUCAUUGUGAGCUCUGUUCGUACUUGUUCGAUCGCCUUAUUUUGUGUCUUUCUUUUUACAGGGUUAUUGUAUUGAGAACACGCGUUUGGUUGUGCGCUAUCCUGACCGUCGCGCACCGAGGAUCCUUCCCAUUCCACUCAAGACCUGUCCCCCGGUCACACAGCAGGCCGGAGCAGCUGCUGGGUAAGAGUUUACUUUUUAAAACCCUCUAAGCCACUGAAGCUAAAAUAGUUUGACUUCACUUAUUGUGCUUUCUCUGUUUCUUCGCCCCUUUCACUUCCUCUUUGCCCAGACCUCGACGGCGCGGCCCAGUGAACGGAGACGAGUGUUACUUUUGGAGAACCACCGGCUGCCAUUUUGGGGACAAGUGUCGCUACAAACACAUUCCUGAGCAGAAAGGCAAAGACAGGAAACCGUGGCAGCCUUGAGCUCAGCUUACUCUCUGCCCCAGUGUUGUGCAGGAAACUUGGACGCACAGACAGAGCCAAAGGAGCUGGCGCUUACUGGACCAGGUUCUCCAAGCAAACAAAAAUUUACUGUAGCUGAACGGACCAGAAUAGUUUAAGGAUCAGAGCCAGCAUUCAGGCUCCAAGGCACGGGUACUCACUGAUAUGCAACAAAGGACUUGGAGUUUGAAGGUUUGAACUUUAGACAAAGUCUAAUAUGAGUGUGGAGCUCCGCAGUGCAACAUUAACCAGAGAAAGGCGACAAAUUCACCUGGUACUUGCUUUGUUUGAAUGAAAACCUUCUUAAUUGCAACCCUUUUGUGCAUAUAGUGAUUUAUUCUUGCCGUAAGGGAUACAACCUAACCUCACAGGCCCACGUCAGAAAGAGGAAGUGAAACUGCCUUGGUCCACUUGAAAACAAAAAAGGCUCUUUGGUGUACAGCAGUAAUGAAGGGACUCUGUUUGGAAUUCACCGGCCAAAGUCCAUCAGUGACGACCGUGGGGACCUUCUUUCUAGAGAAAUUCCAUUACAAAGCAGUGUUCCUCCUCAUUUUCAUGACAAAUACUUCCACCUACAGCUUUUAUACCUGGUUGUUAAAUGUGUUAAACUAGUUCUCCGGUUUUACUCCAUGGCAUUUCUCUUUUUAUCUCCACUUUUGUUUUGAUUACAUGAAAUAUCCGGUGUCAAAGUUUUUCAGCCCUGUUAAAGUUUCCCUUUUUAUUUUUGGACUGCAGGAGAGCCGAUCCUGUGUGCCACAUGCAAAUGAAACGCCUCAAGCUUUUUUUCUAUCAGCAUUAGAAUAUUCAUUUUGCUUUCUUGGUGCGUUUGCAUGUUAAACAUCGCAGUGCUUUGUGUCUAUGCAAAAGAAAAAGUGCAGACUCAGCUGUCAGAUCUGAGUAAGAUAUGCUCACACCCACAGAAGUCGUCUGUUCGGUGUUGGUCAAAUUCCCUUAAAGACGCUGUUAUAAAAGUGAUAGACUAGUUCUUUUGACAGGAUAGUGCCUUAAACAGCCCUACAACCUCAGUAAUGCUCAUGUGCACACAUCCAUGCCUGUGUGUCGCAUCUUACUUAAAGGUUCACAAAAACCUCUGAACUUUGUUAAGCAGUGUUUUUGACCUGAGGGGUCUUAUUUCAGUAUUUCAGUAAACCAAAGAAUGCUUCAGCUGAUGGCUCUGCACUGAAAGUAGCUUAGUUCAACACUAGACAGUACAAACCCAUUGGCGAGUGUCUGUAUCAUCAGGUAUAUAAAAAUUAAAGCUGCCACCCUGGUUUAAGUCCACACUACGUUCCCUCAUAAACCAUGCACAUCAUAGUGGUUAUUUAUUUUCCUAUUUAUUCUUCUGUCUUCAUUUUUCGUCUUUCUCUCCCACCUUCACAGCCGAAAAAACACAUUUUAAAUUACAGCUCUUUGCGUCUUUUCACUUCACAGUAAACUGAAGACGUAUUCUCAGUAUGUCCACUCUUCUACUUUUGUGCUUUUGAGGCAAGCGUGAUCAAAAAGCGUCUGGUGCAAACACUGUCACACGCUGCACUUCUACUUUUUUUGUAUUACCUUCUGUCCUGUGGUGAAAACUCGUGAAAAAGGAAUUAGACGCCAAACUUUAAGACUGCAUUAGUGGAUUAAACAAAGUCACAGUUGAUACAAAUAUGCAAGUUAAUAAAUUGUGUCAGGUCUUCUCAUUGGCAUCAUAGUAUUGGUAUUUUAUAAUUCAACAUGAAAUUCCCAGAGUUUGAUUUGACAUUAUUUUGUGUGUAUUUAAGUCUUUUUAACUGUUUGUACCUUUUUUUUUCAAACUAUUUCAGGAAAAUUAUUUUUAAUUUUGAUGUACACUUUGAUAACCAGAGCACUGCAAUUCUGUUAAUCUUCCAAAUAUUUUGUAUUAUCGUUACUGCACUGCAAAAAGAGUCUUUUAUAUUUAAUAAAUGUAUUUGAACCACC